AUGUUUUUGCUAUUUUUUCAAAAAGUUCUCGUCAAUGAGACUGGUUAUCAAGAACUUACAGGUAAUUUAAAUCCAGGCCAAUAUGAAAUUGAAUGCUACGGAGCACAGGGCGGAAAUUACUGUGAGGGAAACCAAAUAUCAAAAAAUGGAGGAGCUGGAGCAUACGCAUAUGCAAAAAUUAAAGUAGAAAAUCAAGCAAUUCCGUAUAGAAUCGAAAUUGGAGAAAAAGGAAAAGAAAACUGUAAUAAUAAUAUAAAUGCAGGAAGUCGACCAGAUGGUGGCGAUCCUGGUGCCACUGAUGUAAGUGAAAUUCCAGGAGGCGGUGGUGGGUCCACACGAGUUAUCUUAAAUAAUAAUUAUUAUAUUGUUGCCGCAGGAUGUUCUGGUGCGACAUCAUUUGUUGAUGGUUCCCCAGGAGGUGGAGACAAUUACUGUUUUUACAAAGCCCAAUCUGGUUCAUAUGGACGAACCAAUGAUAAGAGUUACAUGACAGAAAAUCGAAAUGGAGAAAAAGGAGGCAUUUUUGAUCUUUUUAGCGAUAAAGUUACAGGAAGUGGUGGUGGAGGGGGCUGUUUAGGUGGCAAAGGAGGUUAUAAUAAUCCUAAUUCGCUCAGUGUUGGCGUUAGCGGUUCAUCUUGCAUCAUUUCUGACAAUUCUUUUAUCAAACAAGAAAUUUUUGAUGGACUAGAAAAACAAAAUUUCGGAAAUGGACGAGUUAUAAUCAAAUAUGAAUAUAGUUGUCCAUCAGGAUGUGAAACAUGUAGUAAUGAAAAUAAAUGUGGCUCAUGUAAGACCGGUUACUACAAAAAUGAAGGUAAAUGUGUGGAAAAUUGUGAUUCAGGUUAUUACCAAGAUUCGUCUACAUAUACUUGCACCAGAUGCACUGUUCCGAAUUGCAAAUCAUGUUCACGAAGUCCUUCGAUUUGCGAUUCAUGCACAGUUCCAAACUGUAAUUCAUGCAAAUCCGAUGCUUCAAUAUGUGAAUCUUGCUCACAUCCUUAUGUUUUAUCGGGUAAUGAAUGCAAACAAGAGUGUCCUGCAUCUUACUUCAAUGAUUCUUAUAUCUGCAAAGAAUGUAUCAAGAAUUGUUCGAGAUGUGACAAUAGCAUGACAUGCAGUCAAUGUUAUUCAAGUCAUGUUUUAUACAAAGGAAAAUGCGAAUAUACUUCAUGUCCUCCUUAUACUUAUCAGUUUGGAAAUGAAUGUAUUGAUUGCCCACCAAACUGUGAAAAAUGCAGUUAUGGAGAUACAUGUGACCUAUGUAAAAAAGACUACUUCCAGAAUGGUAAUGACUGCAUCAAUUCUUGUGGAGAUGGCUAUUAUCAAGACUCAACAAACCGAAAGUGCACUGCAUGUGAUGUUUUAAAUUGUAAAUCAUGUCCAGGUAACCCUUCGGUGUGUGAUUCAUGCAAGUAUCCUUUUGUUUUACAUCAACAAAAUUGUGGUCAAAUAGAAUGCCCAAGCCACUAUUUUAAUGACUCAUUUAUCUGUAAAGAGUGUAGCAAGAACUGUUUAAAUUGCAGCUCAAUGUACAAUUGCACUUCAUGCAAGUCAGCAAAUAUGCGUAUUAACAAAAAAGGAAAUUGUACAAAUCUGAUAACUGCUUCAUAUGAUGAUCUUUUUGAAAUUCAGCCUGUAAAGAGAAAGAUCCAAAAGAAUAGAAAUAAUUGGUCAUAA